AUGUCCUCCUCAUCCGUGGACUACAAUGAGAAGAAUAACACUCAUAAGGAGCAACUGAGAAACGAUACUGAUGACUCGGGUUCCACCGCUGUCUCCGAUACCUCCCUUCUACCUUAUAGACUCCCCUACGCCAAGGUUGCGUCCCAGUUUGGCACCAGCAUUGACGAGGGGUUAACCACCGCCCAGCAUGCCGACCUUUUGAAGAAGUUUGGCCUCAACAAUUUGGGCGAAGGCGACAAAGUAUCCUACACCAAAUGUCUUGCCCACCAGGUCUUCAACGCCAUGAUCAUGGUUUUGAUCAUUUCUAUGAUCAUCGCCUUGGCCAUUCGUGACUGGAUUUCCGGUGGUGUCAUUGGUGCCGUCGUUUUCAUUAACAUUUCCAUUGGUUUUGUCCAAGAGGUCAAGGCCGAAAAGACAAUGGGUUCUUUGAGAUCCUUGUCUUCUCCAUCUGCUAGAGUUACCCGUUCCGGUGAUGAAUUUGAUAUUCCUGCCGAAGAAGUUGUCCCCGGUGACAUUGUCCAUGUCAAGGUCGGUGACACUGUUCCCGCUGAUUUGAGAUUGGUUGAAACCAUGAACUUGGAAACCGAUGAGGCUCUUUUGACUGGUGAGUCCUUGCCUGUUGCUAAGAACCAAGAUGAGGUUUACGCCGACCCUAAGCAGUAUGUCCCAGUUGGUGACAGACUUAACAUGGUUUUCUCCUCUUCUAUUGUUGCCAAGGGCAGAGGUGUCGGUAUUGCCGUCGCCACUGGUUUGGACACUGAAAUUGGUCAAAUCGCCCAGUCUUUGAAGGGUGACUCCGGUAUUGUUAGAAAGGUUGACAAGUCCGGUGACAAGUCGCCAGGUGCCAAGGAGUACUCUAAGGCUGCUUUUGGUACUAUUUGGGACAUUGUUGGUAACUUUUUGGGUGUCACCGUUGGUACUCCCUUGCAGAGAAAGUUGUCCUGGUUGGCUAUUUUCUUGUUCUGGGUCGCUGUUAUCUUUGCCAUCGUCGUUAUGGCCACUCAGGAGAUGAAUGUCAACAGAGAAGUCGCCAUUUACGCUAUUUGUGUUGCCCUUUCCAUGAUUCCUUCCGCUUUGAUUGUUGUCUUGACUAUUACUAUGGCCGUCGGUGCCCAGAUCAUGGUUUCCAAGAACGUUAUUGUUAGAAAACUUGACUCUUUGGAGGCCUUGGGUGGUAUCAACGAUAUCUGUUCCGACAAGACCGGUACUUUGACCCAGGGUAGAAUGGUUGCCAAGAGAGUGUGGGUUCCAUCUGUGGGAACCUUCUCUAUGGAGAACUCUAACGAAGCUUUCAACCCUACUGAGGGUGACUUGGCUUUCACUCAGUACUCUCCAAAGUACAUCAAGGAGACUGACGAGGAAAUUGACUUUUUGCCUAUGGACAGAUCUAAGCCUGACUCUUUUGCUGAAAACUUCAAGAAGUGGUUGAAUGUCGCUACUUUGGCCAACAUUGCUUCCGUCCACCAAUCUAAGGACGAAGGCUCUGGUGAGUUGGUCUGGAAGGCUCACGGUGACGCUACUGAAAUUGCUAUCCAGGUCUUCUGUUGCAGAGUUGGUUUCGGCAGAGAGGAAUACUCCAAGGAGUUCAAGCACAUCGAGGAAUACCCAUUCGACUCUUCCAUCAAGAGAAUGUCUUCUAUCUGGCAAAUGGGCAACGAGACCAAGAUUUUCACUAAGGGUGCCGUCGAAAGAGUCAUUCGUAAGUGUACCAAGUGGACUGGCAACACUGAAGAGAAGACUGACACUGACAAGCUUAUUGACUUGACUGAAGAGGACAUCGCUCUGAUUGAAGCUAACAUGGACGCUUUGUCCUCCCAGGGUUUGCGUGUCUUGGCUUUUGCCUCCAGAGACUUUGACUCUUCUAAAGACAAGCUUGAAGACAGAGACGCUAUUGAGGACAACUUGGUUUUCCACGGUUUGGUUGGUAUUUACGACCCUCCAAGAUUGGAGACUGCUCCAUCUGUUAAGUUGUGUCACAAGGCUGGUAUUAACGUUCACAUGGUCACCGGUGAUCACCCAUCUACUGCUAAGGCCAUUGCUCAGGAAGUCGGAAUCUUGCCCCACAACUUGUACCAUUACUCUGAAGAGGUGGUCAAGGCCAUGUGUAUGACUGCUAGUGAGUUCGAUGAAUUGACUGAUGACCAAAUCGAUGAAUUGCCUGUCUUGCCUUUGGUUAUCGCCCGUUGUGCUCCUCAGACUAAGGUGAGAAUGAUUAACGCUUUGCACCGUCGUGAGAAGUUCUGUGCUAUGACUGGUGAUGGUGUCAACGACUCUCCAUCUUUGAAGAAGGCUGAUGUUGGUAUUGCUAUGGGUCAAAACGGUUCCGAUGUUGCCAAGGACGCUUCUGAUAUUGUGUUGACUGACGACAACUUCGCUUCGAUCUUGCACGCUAUCGAGGAAGGUCGUAGAAUGGCUGCUAACAUUCAAAAGUUUAUCUUGCAGCUUUUGGCCGAGAACGUUGCCCAGGCUAUUUACUUGAUGGUUGGUUUGGCUUUCCAGGAUGUGGAUGGCCUUUCUGUGUUCCCAUUGUCUCCUGUUGAGGUCUUGUGGAUUUUGGUUGUUACUUCUUGUUUCCCAGCCAUGGGUUUGGGUCAGGAGAAGGCUGCAGACGAUAUCUUGGACCAACCUCCAAACCGUCACAUUUUCACCAAGGAAAUUAUCAUUGACAUGCUUGCCCUCGGUCUUUUCAUGGCUAUCUCGUGUAUGCUUUCGUUCGUCGUCGUUGUCUUCGGUGACGGUGAUGGUGAGUUGGGUCGUAACUGUAACAACAGUGGUGGUGAGAACUGUGGCUUGGUCUUCAGAGGCAGAUCUGCCUCUUUCGCUACCAUGACCUGGUGUGCCCUUGUCCUCGCUUGGGAGUGUAUUCACCCAACCAACUCCUUGUUAUACAUGAGACAAGACACUGACAACCCUUGGUGGAAGCAGACUGCCAUCGACCUCUGGGACAACCAGUUCUUGUUCUGGUCCGUCAUCGGUGGUUUCGUGACUGUGUUCCCUGUCGUUUACAUUCCAGUCAUCAAUGACAAGGUCUUCCUCCAUGACCCAAUCGGUUGGGAAUGGGGUUUGUCAGUCGCGUGUGUUCUUUUCUUCUUCGUCGCCGCUGAGGCAUGGAAGUGGGGUAAGAGAGUCUACAAGAGAAAGUGGAGCCCUAAGGUCAAGAAUCCAGAAUACGAGUUGGAGAGAAACGACCCAUUCAAGAGGUACGCUUCCUUCUCGAGACAAAACACCAUGGACCCAGAUAUGCUUGCUUAA